CCAGCAGUAUCUGUUGGAAAUGUUGGCCAACUUGCAAUAGAUCUGAUUAUUUCUACACUGAACAUGUCUAAGAUUGGUUACUUCUAUACUGAUUGUCUGGUGCCAAUGGUUGGGAACAAUCCAUAUGCAACAGCAGAAGAAAAUUCAGCAGAACUCAGUAUAAAUGCUGAAGUAUAUUCAUUGCCUUCAAGAAAAUUAGUGGCUCUUCAGUUAAGAUCUAUUUUUAUUAAGUAUAAAUCCAGCUCGUUCUGUGAAAAGCUCCUCUCCUGGGUAAAAAGUAGCAGCUUUGCCAAAGUUAUUGUUCUUUCGAGCAGUCACUCUUACCAACGAAACGACCUACAGCUUCGCAGCACUCCCUUUCGGUACCUGCUUACCCCUUGUAUGCAAAAGAGUGUUCGGAAUAAAAUAAAGAGCCUCAACUGGCAAGAAAUGGAAAAAACUCCAUGUAUUCCUGAAAUGAGUGAUUCUGACUACUGUGUCCGGAUUCCAGGAGGAGGGAUCACAAGAGCACUCUACAAAGAGAGCUGUUCUAAAGAAAUCCAAAUGGCGGUUCUGCUGAAGUUUGUUUCCGAAGGGGACAACGUCCCUGAUGCUUUGGGUCUCGUUGAGUAUCUCAACGAGUGGCUGCAGAUGAUCAAACCGCAGAGUGACGACCCUGCACCGUCCACCUUGCUGUGGAAAAUACCGAGUUCUUGGAAAUUACUCUUUGGCAGUGGUCUUCCCCCUGCACUCUUUUGAUCCAUUUUCAGUUUUAUAUGUAGUGACGCAAGAUACUACCAAUACAACUGUUAAAUAUUGUACAUAAAAAUUUGUACUGUCUGAGAGUGUGAUUAGGACAUAGAUACUUUUCACAGAAGACGUCAAAGAACAAUGCAUUAACAAAGGUCUUUUCCCCUGC